AUGUCAGACAACAUUCCUUUGGAAUUGCAAGUUGAACUAAUCAAAAGGGUUCAUGUAAAGUCAUUGCUUCAAUUCCGGUCAGUUUCGAAAGAAUGGAAGUCAAUCAUCGACAGCCCGGAUUUUGGUGAUGAUUACUGCCUCCGCCAUUCGCAGCCCCGUUUGCUGAUAAGGUACCUUCCUUAUGACACUUUUAUAUGCAAUAAUUACAAGUACGUUUUGAUUGCUGCUGAUGAUGAUGAUACUUUUCACCAACGCCAAUUUCUUACUGCCGCUCUUCCCGAAUCCGUUAAUGAUUCAAGAAUGGUCGGUUGCUCUCACGGCUUAGUUUGCUUCUAUGGUUUUGAUGCCAGUGACAGAAGUCCAAUGGCUGUUGUAUGGAAUCCUUGGAUUCGAAAAUCUGUUGAUGUUCCUGUCCCUAAUGUUCUGUUUGUUCCGUACGAAACUAUUUUAGGUUUUGGGGUUAGUCCUCAAACGAAGGACCCCAAGAUUGUUAAGAUUAUUAGUUCCAUUCAUCCUAAAGCUGACACUUCAGUUCCCACCCCUUGGCGAGUUGAGGUUUUUACUCUAAGCUCGGGGACUUGGAAAACUCCAUCAAACAAUUUGCCUUUUCGUAAUUCAAUUAGGUUUCGUUGGGGUCAGGUUGCUCUUGACGGGGUUAUUUAUUGGCUUGCUUUUGAAUGGAUUAAAGUGGAUGAUGGAUUACAGCUUCACAAUCUGAUCAUGUCAUUUGAUUUGAGUAGUGAGGGAUUCCAAGAAGUGCGCCUUCCGGAUAAUUUAGCAUGCCGAAACAUUUAUGAUUUGUCUAUCUCUAAGCGAAUGGAGUCUAUUGUUGUGGUUGAAAAAACUAGAAAUACUUUUGUUGUAUGGAUGAUGGGGCAAGGUGUUACUAAAUCGUUUACAAAACUAUUCAAUGUUAUUACACGGGGUUCAUCUUUUUGUAUAGUAAGUGAAUUUAUGAAGAAUGGCGAACCUAUAGUUGACCAUGGAUCUGAUGCACUUUUUGCUUAUGACCUUUACUCUGAACGGAUCAAGUAUCUUGGGAUUGCUGGACAAAGUCGAAGGUUUUCGUGA